AUGACCGCGGACAGCAUUGAGAAUCGAGUAAUCCGGAGAAAUCUGCCCGGAACUAAAAGAGAGGAUUGGAAUAACUGGCCCCCAAUGGCAUUCGAAGAAAUGGAUUCGGCAUUAAAUGUUCAACAAUAUAUUCAGCAGCUCAUCAAACAGAAUCCAGCCGACGUCGAUGGUAUUUUAACGCUUCCAGUUGAUCAAGAUGAAGGUGUCUGGAAAUAUGAGCACUUGCGACAAUUCUGCAUUGAGCUCAACGGACUCGCAUUGUUGCUUCAGCGCGAAUGUGUGCCGGAGACAUGUCCGCAGAUGACGGCGACGGAACAGUGGAUCUUCUUGUGUGCGGCUCACAAGAACCCGAAUGAGUGUCCAGCCAUAGAUUAUACUCGGCACACCCUUGAUGGUGCUGCAACUCUUCUCAACAGCAAUAAAUAUUUUCCAAGCCGUGUAAAUAUUAAGGAGCUUUCAAUCGCGAAACUCGGUUCGGUGGCGCGACGAGUUUAUCGCAUAUUCUCACACGCAUUUUUCCAUCAUCGCAAACUGUUCGACGAAUUCGAGAGCGAGACGCAUCUUUGCGCGCGAUUCACCGCAUUUGUCUCAAAAUAUGAUUUGAUGCAACAGGAGCACCUAAUAGUGCCAAUAUUGUCGUCGCAGAACGCGUCGUCGCAAGCGGCGAACGCGUCGCCUCAAAAAUAA